ACUUCUUCUUCUUCUUCUUCUCUAAACACUAUAUUUUUUUCUCUUUUCCUUUUGGCCCCAUAAUUUCUAGACUAUGCCUGAAAACACUGAAACUUCUCACCAACACGACUAUGAUUCCCCUUCUCCUAAACACCCACUAGAUGAUUCUUUAGAAACAAGGCCUCCAAACGGCGGCGGCGGCGGCCACCUGCAUCGCCGCCACUUUCACCACCAUGACUCUUCCACUCCUUUUAUCUCUACGCCUCUCUAUCUUCCCACUGGAACUGGAAAUACUCCGCCGUUCGAGGCUGUGAACCCAAAGCGGACAAGAUACUCGGCGGGCCAAUGGAAGCUUGUGCCAUCUCCAUCAUCAUCUCAGCCGCAAAUAGCCGUUGUAGGCAGUGACUCCAGUCCCUCGCCGUCACAACGUCCGGCCGGAACCGCCGCUGCGUCGUCGUCGGAUACAACAUCAUCUCCUUCUCAUUCCCCUUUGCCGUUGACGACGGGGAAUAAAGGAGAAGGGGAAUCUCAAAAUCAGCCACAAUACAGAAAGGGGAAGUAUGUUAGCCCAGUCUGGAAACCUAAUGAGAUGUUGUGGUUAGCUAGGGCUUGGAGGGUCCAAUAUCAAGGUGGAUCGGAUGAGGGUGGCAUUAUGGGAGGUCAAGGGGGAAGAGGAAGUGGGAAAACAAGGGCGGAUAAAGAUAGGGAAGUGGCUGAGUAUCUCCAAAAACAUGGUGUUAAUAGAGAUGCUAAAACGGCAGGGACAAAGUGGGACAACAUGUUGGGUGAAUUUAGAAAGGUUUAUGAAUGGGAAAGAGGAGGAGAGAGAGAGCAACUAAUGGGAAAAAGCUACUUUCGUCUCUCACCUUAUGAGCGUAAGCUCCAUAGACUUCCAGCCUCUUUUGAUGAACAAGUUUUUGAAGAGCUUUCUCAAUUUAUGGGUUCCAAAAUGAGAACUAAACCUACCCCAAUUCUUCCUCUAACUAGAUCCCUCCCUCCACCCCCUCCCUUUACAGAAGAACACCUCCCAAUUUUGAGUCGAGAAAAACAAGUGUUUCGAGUCGAUUAUUCUUCGGUUGAUUGUAGUAGUGUUCGUCGAAUUGGGAAAGUAAGAAUGGUAUGGGAGGAAUCAGUGAGUUUGUGGGGUGAAGAAGGAAGUGAAGAGCAGAGAGGAGGGAGGAUUAGAGUUGAAGGAUGUAGCUUUUUGAAUGCUGAAGAGCUAACUUUCUUUGAUGAAUCAAUGGUUGCUUGCACUAUGGAAUGUAAUGACGAUGGCCCUCUUAAGGGUCUCUCAGUUGAUAGAUUCGUUCCCGGACAGCAAAUCAAAGUGUUUGGCAGAAGAAAAUCCCCAUUCUCCACUUCCACUGGUUCCUCAAUACUUCAUGGACGUGGACUAUGGCUAACUUUAGGGGACUUAAUCGGUUUUUGUUCAGCAAGUUCUUUGUGGAAUUAUCAAGAUUCAACGGAAUACUAUGUCGGGUGUCUACGAAUCCCGCCGCUAUCUCUUCCGAGCUUAUCGGAGCUUUCAUGGCACAUACAAGAACCGCCAUCGGAAGAGCUUCGAUUCCCAAUUCGAAAGGAUGUAUAUGCAUACUUACCACAAGGGAAAGAGGUGUUCUUCACAACCACAACCGAAAUGGUAGAUUGCAAAUCCUUCAUUUACGAGAUUUUAUGUCCUAUCAUACGCACCAACCCUUGUAUUAGCACUACAACACCCCCUUCAAGUCGAGACUCAUUCAUAGGCCUUUGGGAUGAUUGCAUCAACCGCCUUGUUUCCGAGUUUUGUUGCAUGGAAAUGCAAAUAAUCCGCAAACCCAAUUCACCUUCAUCCACCAACAUUGAUAGUUUGCAAGAUCAAUGGCCAAAUCUAACGGGAUUCAUCAGAAAUUUUUGUUUAUGGAGGGGUGAAGAAACUGAUCAAAUCAAAGAUGGUCACCAAGAUCUCGACCCCUCUAAUUCAAUAGUGGAGAAGCUACUUUGGACCUAUUUAGACAUCCCUUAUUUAUUAGGUUACUACACUAUAGGGUUCUUGGUAACAUUUUGUUCACUAAGUCGUGGUCGAGACAAUCGAGUCGUCCGAACUGAUCUAUAUUCGUUAGAUUUAUCAACACCUAGUGAGAGAUUGAAGGCGUUGGUCCCAUGUUAUAGAAUUGGUGGUGUUUUAUCAUUGUUAGCCGAUCAAUGCAACAAAUUGCCAAUUUAUAGUGAUUUUGAGAGAAUUGAUAUGGGAAAUGGAAUUGUGGUGGAAAUGACACCAAAUUUGGUGACCAAAAUUUUCUCUUGUAGAAGGAAGUGGACGGCGGCGAAAGAGAUUUAUGAUGUCUUGGAUCAAAGAAUCCCACAUUCGGAAUUCAUCUUCGGAGCAUCCGAAGAAGAUUUGGCAUUGGUUUUUAAGCCAAGGGUUUGCAGAUUGAAGCCCACAAGCUAUGAUCAACUAAUUGAGGCACUCAAAAACGUGACCAAAGCGCUUGUGGCAUUGCACGAUUUGUGUUUCAUGCAUAGAGAUAUUUGUUGGGAAAAGGUAAUGAAAAAAACAAACGCCGAUGAGACAGCCACCGGGGAGUGGAUUCUUUGUGGGUUUGAAGAGGCGGUUGGAGCGCCGCAGAUUUACCCGUACGGUGAAGCGACGGCAGCGAGUGGGAGGCACGCGCCGGAAAUGGAAAGGGGUUUGCAUGGGGUGAAAGUGGAUAUGUGGGGAGUGGGAUUUUUGAUUAAAACUUGUGGGUUAAUUGGGAUUCCGAAGAUGUUGAAUGAACUUCAAAACCGGUGUAUGGAUCAAAACCCUGAGCACCGGCCAACCGCCGCCGACUGUUACCACCACCUGCUGCAGCUUCAGUCGUCUCUGUCAACGUCAACCGGAGCAGCCGGUGGUGGGUUGAUUUGACUGUAGA